AUGGCUGUUCAGAUGCUUCAGCCUGCCUACCUGCAAGAGCAAAUCGAUCUGUUGAAGAAGACAAACGCAAAGAUCAUCAGUAUCGGUGUUGGAAAGAAGGCUGACAAACAAGAGUUGGAGCAGAUCGCCACUCACAACAAGCUGGCGUUCCAAGUCAACAGCGCCGCCGCUUUGGACUCCAUUGAACAAUCGGUCUUAGACAAAGCAUGCAUCACCCCAUCUGAGCCACCCAGAUGCCGUGUUCCCGUGGAUCUGAUGCUUGUUGUGGACAAAUCAGCCAGCAUCAGUAACCCACAGUUCAAGAAGGCAAGGGAAUUCCUUGGAAAAGUGGCAGACAAGUUUGUGAUCGGUCCCAAAAUGACCAGGGUCGGGUGUGUGCUCUUUGCCAACCAAGCACACAAAACAUUCUGCUUCAACGUGUUCAAAAACCGUGACACGGUGGUGAACGCUAUCCGAGGCUUGAACUGCCCACAAUGUAAGAAGGGCAAGACUGCCACUGGAUCUGCCUUGAGGUUAGCCAGGGAGCUCCUCUUCCAGCCCAAAUGUGGAGCCAGGAAUAAUGCCAACAAGGUGGUCCUGGUUGUGACUGAUGGUCGCUCCACUGAAUCGGCAGCACUUAUGAAGGAGCAGACCCAGCUAAUGAAGGACACAGGAGCUCAGGUGAUCGCUAUCGGAGUCGGUAAAAAAAUGGACCGUAACGAAUUGAAGAUGAUUGCCUCUCAGGAUGGGUAUGCCUUCAGCAUCAACAGCUUCGACAAGCUGGACGAUAUCCUGGACUCUGUGAGGACCAGCUCCUGCGAGGCUGCUGCUAAAGAACCUGGCUAUGGUGAGAUUUGCACGAGCAUCUGUAUUUCCAACUUGAGAUGUGAGAUCGUCAAGGACAAGAAUCGAUGCAUCUGUGGAAAGGGUUACUUCUUCGAUACCGAGGUGUCCAGCUGUCUCCCAGACCCUGGCUACCUCGAGAAGUGCGAGAAAUCUUGUUCCUCUAACUUGGUGUGCAAAAAGAAUGGCAAUGAGAGGCAAUGUCGAUGCCAGCAAGGAUACGUCUAUGACGAAUCUCUUUUGGCUUGUGCCCGUGAGGCAAUCAUCAAGGCUAAACUGGACGUCAUCUUCCUCAUUGAUGGAUCUGCAAACGUUGGCUCGAACAACUUCAACUAUCAAAUCAACUUUGUGUCCAAUAUUGUUGGUAAGACUGAAACCUCUUUAGUAACCUAUUCUUUGCUUUAUAUGCAGGCUGUACAAUUCUUAGAAAACUGAUUUUGCCUGUUUUCAUGAAAACCACUGGAAAACAAAUGCCAG